AGAAGGAGACAACAGAAUACAACAAGAAGAGACCAAUAAAACUCUCUCUCUCUCUCUGUCGGACUCUCCUUCCUCUUCAAUGUUAUUUCUUUCUCUCUCUAGAAAUUUCCCUUUCCCAGUAGUGCAUACCCUCUCUGCUUUUACUAGUCUUAUCUUCGUUUGUUCCUUUUAUUUAUUUAGACUUUGAUUAAAACGAGGACGAACCAACAAGAGGGAAGACAUAACUCUCCUUACUCAUCAAGGACGUAGAUUUUCUCGCUCUUCUUCUCAUCCAUGAACUGCUUCUGAGUGUUACUUUUUUGAAGAUCUAAGAUCUAGUGUUUUGAAGUGGAGCAAUAGUCUCUUGUCUUUCUCGAAGCAAACAUGAUGCAGAGACCACCUCCCGAAGACUUCUCCUUGAAGGAGACAAGACCCCACCUCGGCGGCGGCAAACUCACCGGCGACAAACUCACCAGCACCUACGAUCUCGUCGAGCAAAUGCAGUACCUCUACGUCCGCGUCGUCAAGGCCAAGGAGCUCCCCGGGAAAGACCUAACCGGAAGCUGCGACCCUUACGUCGAGGUCAAGCUCGGAAACUACAAAGGCACCACGCGUCACUUCGAGAAGAAGUCAAACCCGGAGUGGAACCAAGUCUUCGCCUUCUCCAAAGACAGGAUCCAAGCCUCGUUCCUCGAAGCCACGGUUAAAGACAAGGACGUUGUGAAAGACGAUUUGAUCGGUCGCGUUGUCUUUGAUUUGAACGAGGUGCCUAAGAGAGUCCCUCCCGACAGCCCCUUGGCUCCUCAGUGGUAUAGACUCGAAGGCACUAAAGGAGAGAAAGUGAGAGGAGAGCUUAUGCUUGCUGUUUGGUUCGGUACUCAAGCUGAUGAAGCUUUCCCCGAGGCUUGGCACUCGGAUGCAGCGACAGUGAGCGGAACAGACGCUCUCGCUAACAUCCGCUCGAAAGUCUAUCUCUCCCCCAAGCUUUGGUACUUGAGAGUUAACGUCAUCGAGGCUCAAGAUCUGAUACCUAGCGAUAAAGGGAGGUACCCUGAGGUCUACGUGAAGGCCAUAGUGGGAAACCAAGCGUUACGGACUAGAGUCUCUCAAAGCAGGACUAUUAACCCCAUGUGGAACGAGGAUCUGAUGUUUGUAGCAGCUGAGCCUUUCGAGGAGCCGUUGAUUUUAAGCGUUGAAGACAGAGUUGCUCCGAACAAGGACGAGGUUUUAGGGAGAUGCGCGAUCCCGUUGCAGCAUUUGGACAGGAGGUUUGACCACAGGCCGGUGAACAGCAGGUGGUUUAACUUGGAGAAGCAUAUCAUGGUGGACGGUGAGAAGAAGGAGAUCAAGUUCGCGAGCAGGAUACACAUGAGGAUAUGUUUGGAAGGAGGGUACCAUGUUCUUGAUGAGUCUACGCAUUACAGUAGCGACCUUAGACCGACGGCUAAGCAGCUCUGGAAGCCGAACAUCGGCGUGUUGGAGGUCGGGAUACUUAACGCCACCGGCUUGAUGCCUAUGAAGAAUAAAGAUGGACGUGGGACGACGGAUGCGUACUGUGUGGCGAAGUAUGGUCAGAAGUGGAUUCGAACGAGGACUAUUAUAGACAGCUUUACCCCGAGGUGGAACGAGCAGUACACGUGGGAGGUUUUUGAUCCGUGUACUGUCGUCACCGUUGGGGUUUUUGAUAACUGUCAUCUCCAUGGAGGUGGUGAGAAGAACGGUGGAGGAGGAGGAGGGAAAGAUUCAAGAAUCGGGAAGGUGAGGAUCAGGCUCUCUACUUUAGAGACGGAUCGUGUCUACACGCAUUCGUAUCCUCUCCUUGUGCUGCAUCCCAACGGAGUCAAGAAGAUGGGAGAGAUUCAUUUGGCUGUGAGGUUCACUUGCUCCUCGUUACUCAACAUGAUGUAUAUGUACUCGGUGCCUCUCUUGCCUAAGAUGCAUUACAUUCAUCCUCUGACGGUUAGCCAGCUUGAUAACUUGAGGCACCAAGCGACUCAGAUUGUGUCGAUGAGGCUGACAAGAGCGGAGCCGCCGCUGAGGAAGGAGGUGGUUGAGUACAUGCUUGAUGUUGGCUCCCACAUGUGGAGUAUGAGGAGAAGCAAAGCGAAUUUUUUCAGGAUCAUGGGUGUUUUGAGCGGGUUGAUAGCGGUUGGGAAGUGGUUUGAGCAGAUAUGUAACUGGAAGAAUCCGAUCACAACGGUGUUGAUCCAUCUCUUGUUCAUCAUCCUUGUUGUCUACCCUGAGCUGAUCUUGCCGACUAUCUUCCUUUACCUUUUUCUUAUUGGUGUAUGGUACUACCGUUGGAGGCCGAGGCAUCCUCCGCACAUGGACACGCGUCUCUCACACGCUGACUCAGCUCACCCGGACGAGCUUGACGAGGAGUUUGAUACUUUCCCUACUUCACGACCCUCUGAUAUUGUCAGGAUGAGGUAUGAUAGGUUGAGGAGUAUCGCUGGGAGGAUUCAGACGGUGGUUGGUGAUCUUGCGACGCAAGGAGAGAGGCUUCAGUCUUUGCUGAGCUGGCGUGAUCCUCGUGCGACGGCGCUGUUUGUGUUGUUCUGUUUGAUUGCUGCGGUUGUUCUCUAUGUGACGCCGUUUCAGGUUGUGGCGCUUUUGGUUGGAAUCUAUGUUCUGAGACAUCCGAGGUUUAGGUACAGGCUGCCGUCGGUUCCUCUCAAUUUCUUCAGGAGGCUUCCUGCAAGAACUGAUUGCAUGCUCUGAGGUUAAAGAAUCGUCCCUUUCGGACUUGUUAGUUUGUUUCUUAUUUUGAAAAAGUCAUGAUGACUCCUUUGCUUGUUGAUGAUUAUGAUGUCCUUUGUUUUUUUUUAACGUUAUCAAGACUUUUGUUUGAAAUUAGUAAAUUAGUAUCUGUGUGGAUUUGAUGUUCUCCUCUUAUGUUAUUUCUUUGUUCUUA